UCCACUAAACUCCACUGUUUGUUCCAAGGUUUUUGGGAGUGAAUGAAUUUAGGCGGCAGAAUAAUACGGAGAUAAUGUGACUCAACUUCUCGAUUUUUCCAUUUUUCGCUUACAUAAAGUUCGCCCACCGCUUUAUUCUCACUAAAGUUUUGGUCUUGUAGCAAUCAAAACAUUCUCACAUUCUCACCAUCCUUGAAGACCAAACCAUACUCCACCACGUCCACGACGAAUUUUCAAAGAUAACAGGUACCCCUCGUCCUUUCCAGCUACGCCAGUCGUCGAGUUUAUUUUCGCAUCAAAAAUUUCAUUUGCGCUGACACAUUUCAUCAAUAGUGUCGGCAUCUGCGAGCUCUGUGCAUUUAAACUUCUACCUAAGGAAAACAUCAAGGAAUCAUGGCAGAACCUUCUGCUCCAGCAACACCAACCUUCAAGCUCGUGCUUGUCGGUGAUGGAGGAACCGGAAAGGUAAGCAGAUUGAGGUUGCGGAUGAUUUCAUUGCCCUCGUCAUUGUCGAGUUGGAUGCCAUAGUCGCGAGAUUUGCGCCCUCGUCCCAACGGUAUUGGCGAGCGAUAUCUCGAAUUAAAGACUAACCAUCAAAUAGACCACUUUCGUCAAGCGCCAUUUGACUGGUGAGUUCGAAAAGAAAUAUAUUGCCACUCUCGGUGUCGAAGUCCACCCACUUGGGUUCACUACCGUAUGUUGCGAUUUCCCCACCACGAUCCGAAGCAAAGUUUACUGACAUCCGCAGAACUUGGGAAACAUUCAAUUCGAUGUCUGGGAUACUGCUGGACAAGAGAAGUUCGGAGGUCUUCGUGAUGGAUAUUACAUUAAUGGUUUAUGUGGUAUCAUCAUGUUCGAUGUUACUUCCCGUAUCACAUACAAGAACGUUCCUAACUGGCAUCGUGAGUUUCUCCGAUUUACUGUCCUAAACCGUCCUCGAGCUAAAUAUUUCUGAAUAGGUGACUUGGUUCGUGUUUGCGAAAACAUCCCUAUUGUCCUUACCGGCAACAAGGUCGAUGUUAAGGAACGAAAAGUAAAGGCCAAGACCAUUACCUUCCACAGAAAGAAGAACCUCCAAUACUACGACAUUUCCGCCAAGUCAAACUACAACUUCGAGAAGCCUUUCUUGUGGUUGGCCCGCAAGCUCGUUGGUAACCCGACUUUGGUAUGGAUAGAACUCCUUCUCUGCUUAAAGUGACCUGGCUAACAUGUACUAGGAAUUUGUUGCUGCACCAGCCUUGGCACCACCAACUGCACAAGUCGAUGAGGAGCUCUUGAAGGUUUACCACAAGGAGAUGGAGGACGCCGCAGCUAUGCCACUUCCAGAUGAGGAUGACAACGACUUGUAAACCGACCGCAAUAAUGUCCAGAGGACCUUCGAUCAUUUAGCAGUAUCUUAGAUCGUUCUUUUUCUCGGUAGUAUUUGCAUUUCUCCUGUCGAUCGGUUUGCGGAUAGAGGUGGAUGGCGCCUCCGUCUUUCACUCGGGCAGGGCACAUCACAGGCCAAGGGGUAUGCUGGGGUGGAUGGAUUGGGAAUUUUACGAGCGAUGAACAUCUUGAGAUGGAAUUAAAAUUAAUUCUCGAGAUAUUACUGCCAUUGGCAGCUUAUGUAGCUAGAAGCAUAAAAUGCCAUUAGUUCUUUUGAC